AUGACGAGAAGGAUUGUCCGUACAGCGUGCCAGCUUGCGGUGCUCACUACCUUCUCCUUUGUUAUCAUCUUCUUCCUCGACAAUAGAUUCCGAGUCCUCCCCUAUGCCCUACACAAUGUGAUGCCCGCACACCAUGCAGGGCUUGUCGUCACAGAUAUGACGGUCACAACAUGCUCACGGGUUAAUCUCUUUACAAGCUGCAAGCUGGACGCUAACGAAUGGCACCGAAUCGAGAAGGAUUUAUACUUGGGCAGCGGAUGGGUCUCAAGCGCAUUCGUCCAUGUGAAGCGGAAGAAGGAGGAAGAACUCUUGCCCAACGAGAAGAUUGUCGUCGAUGUUAAAGUUGGAAGGAUAGAUCCCUCAAAUGGUCAAACAGGGGACGGCCGUGAUCAAUGGGAAUCAAGACCUGCAGGCUUAUGGCUGAAACGGUCUGAAAAACGACACUCGAGGGGCUCCAAAGCUGUGACUGCUGUGGAUAUAUUGUUUGGUGCAGAUGCGGUAGAUCCACGCCCUGGGUGGGACACAGUGGGCACACCUCUACUUUUGGAUACGUCGGGGGAGGUCCAAGAGGCUCAGCUCAGUGUGAGACGUGGAAACCCCCCAACACCCCCAAAGGCCGUUCCUCGAAUACGCGACAAUGGGAAAUUUAAGAUUAUGCAGCUGGCAGAUAUACAUCUUAGUACUGGGACAGGACUUUGCAGAGAUGCAGAGCCCCCUGACCUCAACGGUGGGAAAUGCGAGGCGGACCCGCGAACCCUCGAGUUCGUUGCUCGAUUGCUUGAUGAUGAGAAGCCCGACCUAGUAAUUCUCAGUGGGGAUCAGGUCAAUGGGGAGACAGCCCCGGAUGCGCAAAGCGCAAUAUUUAAAUACGCGGAAUUGUUUGUCAAACGCAAGAUUCCUUAUGCCUCAAUAUUCGGCAACCAUGAUGACGAAGGCUCAUUGCCUCGGGCGCAACAAAUGGCGUUGAUCGAAACUUUACCUUACUCUCUCUCGGAGGCUGGGCCUGAAGAUAUCGAUGGCAUUGGCAACUAUUACGUGGAAGUUCUGUCACGCGGAGGCUCAAGGCAUUCAGCUUUGACUAUAUACUUGUUAGAUACCCAUGCAUAUUCGCCUGACGAGCAUACAUUUAAGGGGUAUGACUGGUUGAAAAAGAGCCAGAUUGAUUGGUUUAGACAAACUGCCCAGGGGCUCAAGAAAGCUCACGAAGGAUAUACGCAUAUUCACAUGGACUUGGCGUUCAUUCAUAUCCCACUGCCAGAAUUUACUGAUUCAACGCUCCCUCGAAAGGGGAGAUGGAGAGAGGGCGUUACCGCUCCAGGAUUCAACUCCGGCUUCAAAGAUGCGUUGGUGGACGAGGGUGUUGUGCUCGUAGGCUGUGGACAUGAUCACGCAAAUGAGUACUGCUCCCUAGCAUCAAAUGAAGCGGGAAAUCCAGCCCUUUGGAUGUGCUACGCAGGCGGCGCAGGCCUAGGGGGGUAUGGUGGUUACGAAGGCUAUCAUCGCCGCAUACGAUUCUUCGACAUCGAUAUGAACGAAGCUAGGAUAUCGACAUACAAGAGAGUUGAGUAUGGGGAUACAGAGAAGAAGAUAGAUGAGCAGAUCAUCGUUGAUGGAGGCAAAGCUCGGCCGCUUCAGACGUAA